AUGCCUCAAGUUCCAUCAACAAGAUGGUGUCCUACACCAGAGCAACUUAUGAUACUCGAAGAGAUGUAUAGGAGCGGAGUUAGAACUCCAAAUGCUUCUCAGAUUCAGCAGAUCACUUCUCACUUAUCUUUUUAUGGAAAGAUAGAGGGGAAGAAUGUGUUCUAUUGGUUUCAGAAUCAUAAGGCAAGAGAUAGACAGAAGCUUAGAAGAAGGCUUAGCAGGCAACAAGUGCAAGUUGCUUCUGCUUCUCUUCCUCCUCAUCCACCUCCGCAGUUCUUUCCUCAUCUGUACCAGCCGCACAAUCCUCAGUUUUUUCACCAGGGAGGAGGAUUUCAGGAGCCAAGACAAGGCUUGGAUUUACUCCGAAAGCUGGAGACCUGCUCCAGCCGAGAAGAGGCAUCGCCGAGCGGCGCAUCGCCGGCGUCGAUAUAUGGCUGUGAAUGGGCAGCCAUGAUCUCCGGCGAGUCAUCAAUGUGUUGUCACUCAUUGAAGACGUUGGAGUUGUUCCCAACCAAGAGCACUGGGCUCAAGGAGGAGAGCAGCACUUCUAAGUCCUCAUGCUCAGCUUCCACCAACUAA